AUCUCCUGUCAAUCGUUUGGGACACCCGCCUCUACCAUCAGCCAGUGCCGGCGAUGCGUCUCCUGUGCCCGGCCGCACGUCGCGCAGCCGAGCCCCGCCUCCGGUUCUCCCUGGGGCUGCCGUUUCAGCCCCCGUACUUCGGUGCCGCGCGGCAUCCCGUCGCUGACGCCGGCUCCCUUCCUCCCUGGCGCCGCCGUACGGAGCUCUGCCGUUCUCCGUCGCGCUCCGUUCCAUGCCGGCUCCAGCGCGCUCCACGCGACCUACUGUGCGGGAUUUCGGCUGUGAGUUGGUGACGCUUUUAAUGUCGCACUUUCCCUCCACUCCCCAUCCCGCGGAAUAGUUGGAGGACGAUGGCCACUCCUCCCGUACGGCCGUCCAAGUGACCGCACUCUGCCGAUGGCCGUGGCUGACGUUUACACAGCCUCGUCGGGUCGGCCACAGUGCGCACCACCUCUCUUCCUUUAUCUACUCCCUCUGUACCUCGCUACAUCUCUUUUCGCCAUUGCCGUGUUCUGAAACUAUCGUGCUUGCCUGCGCCGCUUCCUCUCCAUCUUCAACACCUCAAAGCACAACAACUGUGUGGUGCCAUGGCCAUGUGGUCGGUGACAUGAGCCCUCAGGAGCCUUCUCACCUGGUCUGACCUGAUCAGGCAGGAAAGUAUCUAGAAAACAGCUCAGGGGCUGCUCGGAAACACGUGUUCACCCGAAUCACGAACCAGAUCUAUAUUGUAUAUAAAGAAGGCCUUUUGUUCCGAGCUUGUGGUUUAGGCUUCUCUUUUGCUACUGGUCCAAGUUAGCUAGGUGGGCGCUGCUCUUCAUAAGAUGGGAGACGUAUCGAUUGGUAGCCUAAUGGUUGGAAACUAUAGUGGGUGCUUGUGCAUCCGUGCCUCAAGGAUAUGGGACUUCUAUGAUCCUCGUGAUGAAACAAAGCUGCUGCAUACUGAUCUGGUGCUCAUUGAUAAAGAGGGAAAUAGCAUCCAUGCACAGAUCUACCCGCCAAUAACUGAAAUGUUCAAGCCUUUGAUAAAAGAAGGAAGUGUUUACAAUAUCUCAUUUAUUCAGGUUAAAAAGUCAAACAGGAUGUACAAGCCAGUUAAAAAUGAUAUCAUGAUCAACUUUACAAGGUGGACCACAAUGGAGGAGGUUGUUGAGGUCCCAACCGCUUUUCCUGUAAUUACCUACUCCCUCACUCCCAUAGACAAGCUCCCAUCACAUGUGGAGGAUAGGGAGUACUUCACAGAUGUCAUCGGCACAGUCACUGGGAUCUCAGGUGUUUCACCGGUACGACCAAGAUCACAACAGGCUGACACCUUGAAGAGAACCGUCACAAUACGCAAUGCAAGGUCAGCUGUACAUGUCUUUAUUUGGGGUGAGCGGGCCACUUCAUUCCCAGCUGAACAAUUGCACAAAGAUGGACAGAACUCACCACAGAUUGUAAUCUUUGUUGGGACUCUUGUUAGGAGCUAUGCUGAUAAAGUAUCCUUGUCUGGUGGGUCAUCGUGCAAAUGGUACAUCAACCCUGAAGUUCCUGAAGCAGAGAACCUUUUGGCCAGUGUGAGAAUCAUGCAUCAGCCAGUUACACUAGCUCAGCAACUAGCUUACAAUGAGCCCAAUACUUUUGUUGCUGAACACAGAAAAAUCUCUGAUAUCAAGUACCUCCACCCGUUCACGAACAAGAAAACGGAAUGGCUGGUCACAGUUAAGGUAAUGAAGAUUGAUAAGUCAUGGUGGUAUAACUCAUGCAAAAAGUGUCUCAAAACAGCCAAGCCUCAUGGCAACACCUACAAGUGCACUAAUCACACAUGCAACACCAUUGGCGUGAUUAACCCAAGGUACAAACUCGCCAUCACUGCUGGAGACGAGACAGGCGACACUGAAUUUAUCUUGUUUGGACGCAUUGCACAACGCCUCAUAAAAAGGACAGUUGAUGCUCUCAUCGCUGACAAUCCACCUGGAUUUAUCCCAGAUGAAAUCACGAGACUGCUAGAGAAGGUUUUCACAUUCAAUGUCAGCUUCACAGAGAACACGAUUAGUUCUGGGAAUGUCUCUUUCCAAGUCAAUGCCAUUGUAGCAGAGAUUGAUGAUGGGAAUCCCCUUCCACUGAUGCCGAUAGGGUCACAAUCAUCAUCACUUGUGCUCUCUCAAAGUGCAGGCAGUAGUGUGCAAGCCACUCCAGAAAAAGAUAUCACCUUCACUUUGACUUCACCAGCCACUAGAACCAAACGAGCAAGAUCACCUGCAGCAUUGCAGGACACUGAGAGC